UCCCGUGCCGGGUUCUCCAGCUCCAGUACGGUGCCAGCUGAAGAUGGUGCAGCUGCUGCUGAUGCUGCUGUUCGCAGCUCUGGCGCCGCCGCUCUGCGCCGCGGCCGAAGAGUCCUCGGCCAGGUCGUUCUCCGGUGAGACCUCCGCGUGUGGCCCCGGGGACCAAUGCGUGCCUCUGACGAGCUGCCCCAGUGCCCUGCGAAACUUGCGGCUCGACCCGCGGCAACGCCCCAGGCUCUGCGGCUUCCAGGACAGCACCACCAGGGUCCCGGACGUGUGCUGCCCAGGUGGCGGCGCGCCUCAGGAGGACGCCUGCCCGGAGCCGGCGCCGCCGCUGGCGCCCACUCCCGACAUGACGUGCGAGCAGUUCCUCAAAAGCCGCCCGGUUGAGGACUCGCGCCCGGGGAGCCUGGCGAGGAGGAUGUGCAGGAAGCACCAGGAGGACCUCUGCGCGCUUCCCGAGAAGACGGUAUCCGUACAAUGCCCUUCUGGCGCAGAGCCGGCGGACAUCCUGGAAUUCCCUCACAUGGCCCUGCUGGGCUACGGGGACCGAGAGAACAUCCAGUACGCCUGUGGUGGCUCCCUCAUCGCCCCCGACUUCAUCCUCACGGCCGCUCACUGCGCCUUUCUCUCCGCGCAGCCAGUUCGCUGGGCGCUGCUCGGCGCGACAAACCGCACCAGCCAGGAGCCCAAGGCCGCCGACACCCACCAGUUGAUAGAGGUCGCAGAGGUCAUCGUGCACCCCGAGUACGUCGCGACGGUCAAGUACCACGACAUCGCCCUCGUGCGCCUUGCGCAACCCGCCCGGGUGCAGAAGCUGGAGGUGUAUCCGGCCUGCCUGGACACGGACAUGGAUGUGGACAACACGGGGAGGGACGCCGUCGCAACCGGAUGGGGCGCCACUAGCUUCGAGGACGAUGGCAGUCAGUCGCUGCUGAAAGUGAACCUCACCGUGCGCGACAUGCAGUACUGCAGGGACAACCUGGAGCUGGACAUGCAGAAGGUCCCCCGCGGCCUGGAGGACGCCACCCAGCUGUGCGCGGGCGGCGGGGAGCACAACCGGGACACCUGCCAGGGCGACUCUGGCGGCCCGCUCCAGAUGGAAGCGAACCCUAGCAACUCCUAUACGUGCAUUUAUCGAAUCGUCGGUGUCGUCUCGUUUGGGCCGCCCUGCGGGCUGGGGAAGCCGGGCGUCUACACCCGCGUGGCGGCGUACGUACCUUGGAUCGAGAGCGUCGUCUGGCCUCCGAGGCCGGACGGCUGCGUGAACAACGUGCGCGUCAAGUCGGGCGAUAGAGAGGUGCAGGUGCCCAACACGGGCCCGGGGACCGUGGCCAGAGGCAUGUGUAGAGUGUUCCACGUGGAGUUUUGCGACAACUACAAUUGGCGCCGUACCGUGAAUCCCGAUUUGACGCCUGACAACGCUUGCCACCACGACCACCCGCGCGAUUCGAGUGACUUCGCGCCCACACCACACAAAGUGGCGACGUUUCAGUACGGUGACUCGCCGUACAACCGGCGGCACAGCUGCGCGGGCGCGCUGGUCUCCCCCAACGCCAUCUUCACCGCCGCCCGCUGCGCCGCGCUGGGCUGUCUCCCCCUAUCAAAAGUGGAGCUAUCUGGGUUGGGGAGAGGCUGCACGGGCAGCGGCCUGGCGUACGUGGAGAAGGUCGUCGUGCACCCCGAGUACCGGCCGGGCCGCGCCUACGCCGACCUGGCUGUCGUCAAGCUCACCGCCUCUUACGACCUCCGAGAGUUCCUGCCCGUCUGCCUCAACACGGUGGCCGACGUGCCGCUGCGGACGGGCCUACGCGCCACCGCGGCCGGCUGGAACAUCGUCGGCACCUGGGAGGAGAUGAGCUUGCAGAAACCCACCGAUACCCUGACCGUGCGCUCCUCAGAGCGCUGCUCCGCCGCUCUUCUGGAGCACGACAGGCUGCGCGCCGCACUGCCGGAGGGUUUCUUACCUUCCCUGCUGUGCGCGGGUGGGCUCUGUGACAACCAGACCUACGCGGGUGACCCUGGCACGCCGCUCAUCUCCUACAUGCACAUCCUCCUGGCGCCCCACGGUUCGUUUGCUGUCGACUACGUCCUCGGUAUCGCCUCCUCGCUGUCGUACUGCACCGUCCGGGACGCUGACGGCCACCUCCUGCCAGACUUAUUCGCCGACGUUAGCCAGCACAUAGACUGGAUCGAGCGCACAGUCUGGCCUGGCCAAGCCGACUGAUUCCUUAGUUGUAAGAAUGGACCGAUGCCUAAUAAUGCCUAUUGUCUGUCUGAUAAUAUACGAAAUCAAGUCGUUUCCCCUA